UCUCCGGAACAUAGGCGGGAUGAGUGGCUCUUUCUCAUUUUGGCCGGCUUUACUAUCUUCACUAGUGAUGUUUCUGUCUCUGAUAGUUGAAGUCAACUGCAAGUUCUCCCUAGGCUCUAAACUGCAAGAUGAGACUGCUACUGUUGGUUCUCUGUGUUCUCUACUGGAGUCUGGUCAACUCCCAGACAAUAGUCAUCAGGAGAAGUCACAA